UGCCGGGAAGCCCAGUGUUGGAUUUGGCGAGGAAAAUAGCAGACUGCGAUGAGGUGAGCCUUUGAUGCAAGGUGAACAUUUCAGUGCCCCACGAACGUCGUGUGUGCCGAAUUUAGAAGCAGCGUAGUAGAGCUGAGAAACGGAUGGUCAGCAUCAGAACAUAGAGGCCGGUUAGGGACUGACGUGGAAAACACCCCCGAUGACCGUGCAGUCGGGCGCCCACAGGUUCCUUGAAUUUUAUCAGAAUAUUUCCAGGCAGAGGUCCAUGCGCGACGCACCCGUUCGAGGUCCCGGUCCACGAGUCCGUCCAGCUUGCACCGCUGGGCCAAACGACACCGCGAUAUGUCCACGUUACGCGAUCAGGAGAGAGAGCAAGCUCAACCCGGCAGCAAGACACAAGACGGACAGAAAACGAAGUAUUCUCCGCUGGCCGAUCGGCACAUCGUGGGAUCGGCGACGGGGUUCACAUUGCCUGCGACACGACCGGGUCCAACCUGUGCGCUGGAGAGCGAGACGAGGGACAGAGCAGCCAGGAGGGACAGGAAAAUCAUGGUCGGUGGAUGGACCGCUCGGGCGGAGCACCGGGAUUUUUUGACUUGUUGCCAGGUCAUUGCUAAGACACAACCGACAAUUUGUGUAGAUACUGGACGAGCUUCUCCGGCCGAGACCCGUAGGCGGGAACAGACUUGCAUAGAGCACAUGCGCUCUGUGACAUGAUGUGACAAGACGCGUUCCGUGACGCAUCACAUUGCCAUUGUUUAUGGAGGGGCCUGCAGUACAGUACUCUCAGUCCCUUCUGUAUUGAGUGACCUCUGACUUCCUGAGUUGAGGCCAAACACGACAGUUCCAGUUCGGUAUACUACAAUAUGUUAUCGGCCCUGACUGAGGGCGGCCGCGUGAUUUUCCCAUUUAGUACUUCCGAUUCCGAGGGACUCAUCGCCGGACUCGAAGAUGAUGAAAGCCAUCCGAUUCUAUCCGCCGGCGUUCGACAUCCGAGUCGAGUCGGUUCCCGUCCCGCGAAUCCAGCAUCCCGAUGAUGCGGUUGUGAAAGUCGCGGGCUAUGCGGUGAGGGGUGCGAUAAGAUACGCCUCGCAGAACCUGAUCAUGAUGCCAGGCAGCGAUUUGCACAUCUACAGAGGGCACGGCGGGGUAACUCAAGUCCAUACAUGUGGUCAUGAGUUCGUCGGGGAGGUGGUCGAGCUCGGGUCGAGCUUUGAGCAGGCUGUCGACGGUCGUCCUGCGCUCUACGCCAAACUCAAAAUCGGCGAUAAGGUCGUAUCACCGUUUACUAGCAAUUGCGGCGAAUGCUCUGUCUGCCGCUUGGGUUACACCUGUCGAUGCCCCUCUGGAUUUCUCUUUGGCAGCCCGUCCUUGGAUGGCGGCCAAGCACAAUAUGUCAGAGUUCCAUACGCCGGAGGCACUUUGUUCAAUUUGAGCGAUCCAUCCACUUGGUCCUCCUCGAUGCCCGCGGCGGCCAAAGAGCAAGCCCUCUCGGCAAUCACCGACAGCUCCCUUCUUCUGCUGGCUGAUAUCCUUCCGACGGGAGUAUUCGCAGCUCUGCAAGCGCUGAAUCACCCCAAAGUCCUGCCAGCGAUCACGGGGAAACCCUGGCCGUCGAUGAUUGCGGCGGAUUCAGAUGCAGUCGCGACCAUGAAACCGGAGGACCAGAUCCUUACUUUCGCGAUUAUCGGGCUCGGACCCGUGGGAUUGUGCGCCAGCGUCAGCCUCAUAGACAUGCUCGAGACCCAGCGGCUCCAAUACCAAAUCAUCGCUGUCGACCCGGUCGAGAGCCGCCGCGACAAAGCACAGACUAUCUACGACAAGAUCAAAUCGUCUGGAUCCGCGUCUGGGAAAUUCGCCGCCCUGAGCAUCGAGGAAGCCCGAGAGACAGUGAAAACCUGGACAGCGGGCACCGGGUGCACUGCUGUCCUCGAGGUUGUGGGCAACAACAGUGCGCUCUCGUUGGCAUACGAUCUUGUCCGCGCCUUUGGUGUCAUCACUUCCGUCGGCGUGCAUGGAUCGCCUGCGGUGCCCUUUGUUGGAUCGCAGUUGUACAACAAGAACGUGUCCUUCGACUUUGGACGUUGUCCCGCUCGGGCCAUGUUCCCCAUGGCCUUCGACCUCUUGGUCAAACGUCAGGACAUCUUCGGCAGCGUCGGCGACUCAGCGAGCCUUGUCGAGAAAGUCGUUUCAGCGGAUGAGGCUGUUGAGUAUUAUGCUGCCUUCAACGACUCGAAGAUUGGCAAAGUAUUGUUCGAUAUGCAAGUAUGAAAUAACUGUGUAGGCACCGAAUUUACCGCUUGAAAGUAUGGGACAUAUUGCCACUUUUCACGUCUCUGUGCGCUUUCGGUGGCGCAGGGAAAUCUCCAUACAUCGGUUUAUCUGUCCCCCGUUCAAAAACGCCCAGCCGAAACACAGAUCGACUCACCUUUCCCUCGCUUGUCGCCUUUCUUCUUCUUUUUGACCCUCAUAUCCUGGUCAUUCGGCACAUCGUCCAGGAUAUUGGGCACCGCAGAAAAGUCGAAUUCUUCCUGCGGUUCUGUCUUCUCUACAGUGUCCGGUUGCCCACCCGUCUCAGUCUUGGUGCGCUUCCGCUUCUUCUGACGAGCCUGCCCGACGACGACGAUCGACUCGUCGACGACGGGUCGGAUCGCCCGUUGUGCCGGAGGAACGUAAGGCAUCUCGACCUGCAUGCCCAAUGCAGGGUCGGCAACUGGCUCCGGAUC